AUGAAAAGUAUCACAGACAAUUUUAAGAAAUACAAGAAGGAGGUCCAAAAGACCUAUAAACCCUCUGCAAAGGCACCUGCCAAGAAGAAAAAGGGUGAGUUAAGACAAAUGAGGCUUGAAGAAGUGGCAGAUACCUCUGCUGCUGACUUUUUGGCACCACAAGACCCUAAUCAAAUUGAGUGUGUAAAUUUAGACUCAGAUGUAGCCGAAGAGAUGCCUGAGAAACCGAAAGCCAAACCUAAGAGGAAGUACCAAAGGAGAAAUAAAAAGAGCAAAGCUGCCAAAGUUGAGGAGACCAAGGCUAACAUGACUGGCAAUGAUAAUCCGUUUGAUAUGCCAGUUGAAGCUAUGGAUUACUUUAUCGAACGGAAUGCAGUCGAUGGGGACAAUCCCAAUGGCGCCCAAUACCCUCGUGCUCUUCCUAAGAAAGGACGCCAGAAGAAUUCACAAAACAAGAAGAGACGUAGAAGAAAGAACCAAGAGCCUGAGAUAUCUAUUGAGCUUUACGAUCAGGAUUUAAUUUCAGUGAAAUUCAUUGGAUUUUUUAAUGAAAAUUUAAAGGAAAUGAUAAAGAGCCGUACAAAUGCUUUCUUUGAUCACGACCGCAAAUGCUGGAUUGCCAAUUUCCAAGACUACCCAAUAAUCUUAGAGAAGGUUCAGGAAUAUGUUGAGAAAGAAAACAUAAAAUUUCAGGAAAUUCCUUCCUUCGCUAUCGAGCUGAUGAAGGGAAAUAAUCAAUUUCAAGGUAAUAAUGCGUUCCAGGCUGUUUAUGAUUAUUCCAAAGAUGCUGAGAGAGACUUAUCUUUUGAGAGCCUCCCUUCAUCCAUCAAGGAUAAUCUUUACGACUUUCAAAAGGAAGGAGUAGAAUUUGCCCUCAAAAAGCAUGGUAGAUUCCUGCUAGGUGAUGAGAUGGGAGUUGGAAAGACAAUCCAAGCUAUUGCAGUCAGUUUUAUAUACCAGGAGGACUGGCCUCUCCUCAUAAUUUGCCCUUCAACGAUAAAGUACCUAUGGAGAGAUGAAAUUCUAAAGUGGUUACCAGGCCUAGAUGGCACAGAGAUCCAAGUCUUGAGAACCGGAAGUGAUAAGUUCAGAGGCUCUUCCUCCAUUUUUAUUAUGACAUAUGAACUCGCAGUCAAGUUUUCAGGCAUGAUUGCAGGCAUAAAUUUUAAGUUUGCCAUUGUGGAUGAAGCACAUUACUUGAAGAACUUUCGUGCUAAACGUUCUAAAAUCUUAAUCCCAAUUUUGGCAAGGAUGAGAAGAGUUCUCCUUCUGUCAGGAACUCCAAUGCUGGCUAAGCCUGUUGAGCUAUUCAACCUUCUAAAAAUACUGAGGCCUGAUAUAUUUUAUAAUUUCACAGAUUAUGCUAAAAGGUAUUGCAAACCGAAGGAGACUAACUAUGGAAUGGAUUAUUCUGGUAAUGACCACACUAAGGAGCUCAACUGUUUGUUAGAAAAGCAGAUUAUGAUCAGAAGGCUCAAAGCAGAUGUCCUGUCUCAGCUCCCGCCUAAAAGACGACAGAAGAUUGAAGUUGCAACUGAUCCUGCCGUUGUGAAGAAAAUCAAAGCUAUCCUAUGCAAACAAUUUAAGAACAAAGGCAAGGAGAAGAAAACAAUAGAAGAACGGUUUAUGGAAAUGCUAGCUGGUGAGGAUAAAUCUUCACAAAAUCAACAGAAUAAAUCCACUGAAAGCGGAUUUAUCCUCGAUGAAGAUGAGAAAUGAUUCCUGAAGGCCUAUCAUCUCUCAGGUGCUGCUAAAAUUAGAGGAAUUUUAGAGUUUGUUGAGACAAUGAUUGAUAAUAACACUAAAUUCCUGCUCUUUGCCCAACACUUAGAAGUUUUGGAUAAGGUAGAAGCUCUAGUUCAUAAAAAAUAAGGUGGAUUAUAUCAGAAUUGACGGAAGUGUCUCCACUGAAGUGAGACAUCAAUCAGUACAGCACUUCCAAGAAGAGCCUGAUUGACUGGUAGCAAUAUUAUCGAUCACUGCUAGCAGUUUAGGGAUCACUAUGACCGCUGCUACUAAUGUUAUAUUUGCAGAAGUCCAUUGGACUCCUGCAAAUUUGCUCCAAGCUGAGGAUCGUGUUCACAGGAUUGGCCAAGAGAAUUCAGUGAAUAUAUACUACUUGUUCGGGAAGGACACUAUGGAUGACAUUAUUUUCCCAGUGUUGAAGCAGAAAUCCCACGUCAUAUCAGAAACUCUGGAUGCUAAGAAGAGUGACUACAACCUGAACAUUAAGACUGAUGAAAUUCUAGAACCUGAAGAAAAAGACAACUCAAGUCAUGAAGCACCUAUUGAGCUAGAGAAAAAGCAAAACAGACAGAAGAAGUCAGAAGUGAAGAAAGAGGUCACAGUUGCAGCUGCUGAUCCAGCUCUGAAAAAUUCCAAUGAGGAUAAGUUCCAGAUAUUGCCAGUAGAUAUCUCUGAUGAUGAGUCACAUUACUCCUACUCAAAACUUACCAAGGCUGGAGCUUCCAAGAAGGUGCCUGAUAAGAAGAAAGAUAAGUCUAGCAUGGCUGCUGCAACCUCUAAGCCACAACAAAAGACAGAGCCUAUAAACAUGGAAAAGAAUUUUGAUAUGAGCGAUACAGAUUUGCUAGACUUGGUUGAUGAAAUUGUUAAGAAGCAUAAUAAAGAAAAUGCUCUAUCUCAGAAAUCUGAAGAUAGAGAUGUUAAUAAGGUCUUAAAACCUCCUUCAAAAGAUAAAGAGCAGGAAGAAGAGCGAUCAGACUGUGAUUCAGGCAUUGAUUAUUUCAAUUACUGUCAGAAAUCACAAGCAAAGUCAAAGAGUAUCUCCCAGAACAAUCAAGGGGCUGAUCCACCUGAGAUAAUGGCCCAAGAGAGUAAUAAAUCCUGCACUACUGAUUUAAUACAAUUUAUAGAUGACAAUCUUGACGAACUACAUAUCCUAAGUGAUUUAAAAGAGAUAUCAGAGACUUUUAAAGACAAUAAGAAGCAACAAAAGAGAAGCUCAAGAGUGUCGAAAGAAAAGCUUAUCAGUAUUACACCUAUCAAUCAUGAAAGCCUAGGAGCCAUAAGCAAGCAUCAGAGUACUGAGAACCCGGGAAAGCAGAACUUUAAGGGACCUCAGAAAGAUCCAAGCACUAAUACUGAAGACGACAUUGCCUCUCUUGUAAUUGAAGAAGAUGAUCUUGAAAGUAUCAUUACCAUAGUUGAUUAAAUAUUGAAUACCGUCCUAUCUUGUUCUGGACAAGGGAUAUUCCUAAGAUGGCCCGAGAAGCAUACCAAGCCUUUAGACGUUAAUGCAGAGAGAUUUGACCAGAAUCUCCAUGCUUAUAAAGACCGUUCUGAAG